AUGGCGUCCUCUGUGUUUUUCAAGUUCAAGUCGCAAAAGGAGCCCACACGUGUGGAGUUCGACGGCACAGGCAUUUCCGUCUUCGAACUGAAACGUGAAAUUAUUUUGCGAAGCGGACUCGGCGAUGGCACCGAUUUCGACCUGGUCAUCUGUGCCGAUGAAGGCAUGAAAGAGGUGUAUGAUGAUGACACAACGAUCAUUCCCCGCUCGACUACCGUUAUUGCCCGGCGCAUGCCCCCUAAGAUCCCCGGUAAAGGCGGAGCCGCUCGCUAUGUCUCCGGAAAGAUGCCCAUACAUGCGAAGAAUUCGUCGCGACGGGAACAGGUGGCAAAGCCCGCAGCCAAGGCGCAGUCGAAUACGCUAGCACAAUUGAGUAGCGCCAUGACAGAGGAGGAAAAGCUGGCGGCUGUUUUCCAGGCCCAGACGGAGGGUUUUGCCUCCAAGGAAGAAGAGAUGUCCACACAACAAUAUGUCGCCAAGGGUGGCCCCAAGAAACCGACCCAUGUCCCCGACCAUGAUCCUCCUCAAGGCUACAUCUGCUAUCGUUGUGGUGAGAAGGGCCAUUGGAUCCAGCUCUGCCCAACCAAUGACAACCCAGAGUACGAUAACCGCCCGCGUGUCAAGAGAACCACGGGUAUCCCGCGGUCGUUCUUGAAGACCGUUGAUAAGGCUACUGCCCUGGGCCAGAACGCGGAUGGUGAUGAGACCAAAACGCCCUCCGGCAUCAUGGUCAAUGCGGACGGAGAGUUCGUGAUUGCUGAGCCGGACAAGGCAUCCUGGGAGCAGUUCCAAGCCAAGGCCAAGGCCAACCCCGCUGCGCAAAAGGCUGCUGCGGAGGAGGACAAAGUUGUCCGGGAGCGAGGCUUGGAGUGCCCGGUCGACAAGAAAAUGUUCAUAGAGCCAAUGAAGACUCCGUGUUGUGAGAAGACGUAUUGCAAUGAUUGCAUCACUAAUGCUCUCAUUGAGAGCGACUUCGUUUGCCCGGCCUGCAAGACCGAGGGCGUCCUGAUCGAUGAUCUGAAGACGGACGAAGAGGCGGUUGAAAAGAUUAAGGCAUUCCUCGCCGAGAAGGAGGUGGCCAGCAAAGAAGGCUCAAAGAGCCCUGCACCGCAGUCACCGGCGGCUGCCGCAGGGACGGAUGGAGUUGAAAACAAGGGGGACACAACUGCUAAGCCCAAAUCCAAGUCACCAUCACCAUCACUGGUUCCAGCAUCGGCUUCGGCCGCGCCCGCUACUACUCAGCCCGGCCAAUCCUCAACCUCUACCCCACAAAGUGCCACAACACCAAACCCCGGGAACACCCAGCUUUCCAAGAAGCGUCCAGCUGAUGACGUGCUCGAGAACCCCAAGAUUCCCAAGGCACCCAAGGCCAUGCAGAAGGCGCAGGAGACCCAGCAGCAGCAACAAAACGUGAUGCCUAUGAUGAACGGGAUGAGCGGUAUGAACGGGAUGAACGGAAUGAAUGGCAUGAACGGCAUGGGUUCGAUGGGAAUAGGCGGCAUGCCCAUGAUGUAUCCCGGCAUGCCCAUGAUGGGUAGUAACUUCAACCCCAUGGGCAACAUGCCCAACAUGAACAUGGGCAUGAUGAACAUGAUGAACCCCAUGAUGGCCGGCCAGAUGGGCGGUGGCUACAAUAACAACAAUAUGGGCGGCGGUGCCAACGGAGGCUACAACAACGGCGGCGGUUGGGGCGCCGGUAACAUGAACGGCAUGGGCGGUGGCAUGAACGGCCCCAACGGCGGACGGAUGAAUGGGAUGGGUAUGGGCGGCAUGGGUGGUGGCGGGUAUGGUGGUGCUGGCCAUCAGCAAAACUUUGGCCAACCCAAUUUCCACAAUAAUCAGCACAACAACGCCAUGGCGUUUUCUCACCAGCAAACCGGGGAUGAAGACGACGCCUACUUCCGAAAGCCGGUCAACCCACACCGGCACCAAAACCGGCAGCGCCGGGUGCGGCCAAGCGAUUACCGUGAGCUAUGA